UACAUACAAAGAGAGAGACAUAAAAGAACCUUGGAACUGAAAAGGGUUGAGUGCCGUUCACAGGAACUCAUCAAAAGCGGUGCACGAUAGCAAAAUCAUAAUAAAAACUAUCCUUAUUAUUUUUUUUUUACGAAGUCAUGCUGAUUCGAAGCCAAGCUUUACGGUGGGCAGUUUUCUUGACACUUUGUCUUCUGUUGGCGAAGGGGUUCCCUGCAAAAAGAGGAAGAGCAGAUCACAUCAAGAGCAAGAGUGGAACAUCUCUAGAGGUCAGAGGUGACAGUGGCUCCAAAGAUGUCAGACAGUCACUGCGGGACAUUCAGCGGCAGAACCAAUUGAGGAGUGAGCCGCCUUUGCCUCGCCGUCAUAAGAGGAGAUGGUCACAGAUUCGCUCAGAGGAAGUCCUACCCAAACCUGCUCCACAGGAAGAAGAAGAACCGUUCAUUUUAGACCUGAAGAACUUCCCUGACCUUGCCAACGCAGACCUGGGCUCCCAGAACCCAAACAUUCAAGUUACCAUUGAGGUUGUGGAAAACCCACAGAUGGAGAUUGAGAUGGACCUCGCCAAGGAGAGCAGGAAUGACUGGUCCUUGAGCUCAGAAGAGUGGCCAGGCCAUAAAAAGCUCUUCUGGCCGCUGUUCUGGGAAUACCAUGACUCCAGUCAAGAGGGUCCUGGGCAAGGCAGUCUGGAGGAGAACGGAGAGGACCUCAGUUAUGAGGGAGAAGAUUCACUGCUGAGUGGUGUGGGUGCAGACUGGAACAGACGAUGGAAGGGCUGGGACUCCAUGGACAAUUACGAUGACAUAAUUCCUGUGACAGAACCGACUCCUCAUGAAGUGGCAAACAGCACAGAGCUUUUUGGCACAGAUGUUGACAGCUGUGAGAAGUGGCUGAAUUGCAAGAACGACUUCCUCCAGAAAUACCUACACCAGGUCCUGACCGAAUUACCCAACUGCCCUUGCGUCUACCCAUCCGAGGUGGUCUACAGCGCUGUCAACAUUUUCGAUAGGAAGUUGCAAAAGACCUAUCGCUGGCGAGAUGCCAGCGGCCCCAAGGAGAGGCUGGACAUCUACAAGCCCUCUGCAAAGUUCUGCGUUCGCUCGAUGCUAUCCUUCGACAGCACCACGUUGGCUGCACAGCAUUGCUGCUACGACGAUCACAUGAAGCUCAUCACUCGAGGCAAAGGGGCCGGAGCCCCCAACCUCAUCAGUACGGAGUUUUCCCCGGAGCUUCAUUACAAAGUGGAUGUUCUCCCAUGGAUCCUGUGUAAAGGAGACUGGAGCCGUUUUCAUGUGGUUCGGCCUCCCAAUAAUGGUCUACAGUGUGUUGAGAACCCACAGGAAGAUGUCUACAUGAAUGAACUAGAGGAGGCCAGGGAGUACUGAUCCAGACCAUGGAUUUCACAUCAAAUCAACCAGUGUUUGCUUAAUUCUGGAGAGUCCUGUGGUACAGAACGGGCGUCUCACCAGUUUU